AUGGCCUUCACCCUGUCAGAGAUCAUGGCAGCGAGACGGCAGCAGUCGCAGGCUCAGGCGCAAGCCCAGCGAGGCAACAGGACAGCGGUGGAGGUAGACGAAUACAGCACCAACCCCACUCAGGCCUUCACCUUCUACAACAUCAACCAGGGACGCUUCCAGCCACCACACGUCCACAUGGUGGACCCGAUGCCCCACGACACGCCCAAGCCGCCGGGCUACACCCGCUUUGUGUGCAUCUCGGACACUCACUCCCGCACCGACAGCAUCCAAAUGCCGUACGGAGACGUGUUCAUCCACGCCGGAGACUUCACUGAGCUGGGACUGCCCUCUGAGGUCAAGAAGUUCAACGAUUGGCUAGGUACCCUGCCCUACGACAUCAAGAUAGUAAUUGCCGGAAACCACGAGCUGACCUUUGACCAGGAGUUUAUGGCUGAUCUGAUCAAGCAGGACUUCUACUACUUCCCCUCUGCCUCCAAGUUGAAGCCAGAGAACUACGAGAAUGUCCAGUCGCUGCUCACUAACUGCAUCUACCUGCAGGACUCCGAGGUCACCGUGCGGGGCUUCAGGAUCUACGGCGCCCCCUGGCAGCCCUGGUACUACGGCUGGGGCUUCAACCUGCCGCGGGGUCAGGCUCUGCUGGACAAGUGGAACCAGAUCCCCGACAACACAGACAUCCUGGUCACACACUGCCCCCCACUGGGUUUCCUGGACUGGGUCCCGAAAAAGAUGCAGCGCGUGGGGUGCAUGGAGCUGCUCAACACAGUCCAGAGGAGAGUCCAGCCCAAAUUACAUGUGUUCGGACACAUUCAUGAAGGUUACGGCAUGAUGACCGACGGCACCACGACGUUCGUCAACGCCUCGGCCUGCACGGUCAACUUCCUGCCCAUGAACGCGCCCAUCGUCUUCGACCUUCCAAACCCCCGGGCCACAUGACUAAAGCCAGGUCGCCCAAAAACGCCGGCCGCCGAUCAGGAGAGCUAGGUGAGGUCGGGGGAUGAGAGCGGAGCAGGUUUUCUGUAAAUACCAGGCAGUCGUGUGUGUUUAACGCCACACACACACACACACACACACACACACACACACACACACACACACACACACACACACACACACACACACACACACACACACACACACACAGUAUGGCACAUGCCUGGAGAUAGAGCGGACUCAGUGAGGAACGCUCCCUCAUGCUAUAUUAAUGUUAUUUUUUAUCUGCCACCAUUUCUUCAUCUCAACGCUGCGUCUAAAAGCAGACACACGGACGAGGCGGAGAGACGCUUUUACAUGCGGACAAACGGACAUUUCUCUGUCCUCUUUUACUGCACUGACAAUCUGAUGGGACUCUCAGAGAGACAGGAGGCACCCAGACGUCCCGGUUGGCCCUUUUUUUCCACUUCAUUUAUAUGAACUGUAAAUCACAAAGUGAAACGACCCAACGCCUCGUCUCCGGGACGGUUGUGGAUAAGCCUCGACCUCGACAGCAACGGAACGUUUGCCCAGGGGGAUUGGAACGGAACUUUUCCCCCCACUUUUUAAACAUUACUUUUCCUCAUUUCGUCCCGCCUCUUUCUGCCACCCUUAUCUUCCUCCUGUUUCUCUCCCCUCCUCUGGCCCGGAGCACGGUGUGGUGUGUGUGUGUUUUUGCCAGUGUGUGUGUGUGUGUGAUCAAAUUGAGUGUGUGAGGGCAGCAAGAGGUCUCUGCCAGGGGCUGUGUGAGAGUCAGGGUGUCAAACAUGACACCGCUCCCCUGGGCCCCAUUACAGCCCCCAUAAGCCUCUUAACCACAUGCAGCACUUUCCCUUUUUUUUUUUUUUCUCUCCUCUCCACUCCUCCUUCCACGUAGCUCCCCUAUCACCUUUUCUCCUCUUUUUUUUCUCUCCCUCUCAAUCCUCCAUGCUGGUACUAACUGAGAAGGCGGGCCUUUUGGACUGCAGGUAACAUACGACGUAAAGGUGCUACAUGCUAACGCUGCUUCUGUACAGUCACGCUAACCUCCCAAUUUCCAAGCCGCGGUGGUCAUUUCAAGCACCCUCCCUCGAGUUGGGAGAGAUGGAACUUUUUAUCCUUUUUUUUUUUUUUUUUUUUUAAAGAGGAGUAAAUCUGUAACUACAUGUAGUGUAACUGGUCUUUGUAAAUGUACUCUGUCAAUGUAAAGAAAAUAAGAACUUGAAGAUUUCCACGUUGUUGCUAUGCUUUAAAAAAAAAAAAGUUCAUAUUUGUGCUUAUUACAUUACCUUUGGUCUAUUUCUUAGUAAUGUAAAUGCUUAUUAUGGUAUUUUCUCUCUCUGUGAAGCUGCUCGGGCCCCAUUAUGGUGAUUAUUAACUAUUUCACGUCUCUUUAGCGGUCGUCUGUGUUUUAAAAAGAAAAAGCUUCAUUUUUUUUCCUCCCUUUGCUCUAUUUUCUGAAUUUGGCUGUUCUCAGUAAGAGUCUGAAUGUGCUUAGCAUAACAAGACCACGUCACACUUUGAUCCUCCUGCUCUCCGACAUUAGGUUUGAACGUUCCCUGGGGCUGCAGUUUACUCCCGCUUCCUCAGCACAUCAGCAUUCAUUGUGCCAGCUGAUGUCUUAAUGUUUCUGUGUGUGUGUGUGUGUGUGUGUGUGAAUAAUGGUGGGAGGUGCGUGCACUUGUAAGAGCACGAACAACAGUAUGAGUGUCAGUAUGUGUUAUGCUAAUGUUAUGUGGAGCAGUUUGAGUUUUAGACAACGAAAUUGCAGACAUGUUGGCUGAUCGUGGCUUCUUCAAGAGGCUAGGUUUAGGUUUAGAAUUAGGAUUAGGUUUAAGGUACGGUGCACAGGGUGAAGCGAGUAUGGCCACUGCAGCUUUAAGAACAAGGGCGAGUAGUGAAAUCACAUUUAUCAAUUUGACAACACAUACAUCCAGAGCUUAAAUUGGAAGUCCUAGAACUAGGGCUGGGUAUCGCUCAAAAAUGUUCGAGACCGGUAGCGAUACCAAUACCGGUUCCUAAACGAUGAAAUACAACAUUACACAUUACGGCACAAAUCUUUUUAUUUAUUUUUCAGCUCCUACUACUUGAGCCCUGUGCGUAACGUAGAGUUUUCCCUGCCUGCCUCUACGACGUGUAACGUUAGACAGCCAAUCACCAGCAUUAUUAGAUAUUGGUAGAAGCAUGCUGCAUGCUUAUUGGCUCACUGACUCUGAUGAGAUUUACUCCUUAGGUAUUACAAUUGGGCAUUGAAUAACGAGGCACUUUUCGAUACUCAAUGCUUUAGAGUGCCUUUAAAGUUUUGAAAUGGGUACCUAAUACCCUUUUCUAAAUGUGGCAUAUGUGAAAUUGGUGAAUAUGACAACGCAUUCUCAUGAAAGAAAAUUAAUGCAUACCAAAUCGUACGAUAUCCUACGAAAUUAGGCGGCAACCGGUUGGUCAUGUGACGAUCGGUCACAUGACAGUUACGUUUAGCGGUCUUUACAGUUCAAUUUAGCCGACAAAAGGUUACUGGGAGCCGUCUACAGAGCACCGUGAGCUAUCAGUUGUUUUAGCGGCCGUUGCUAGUUGAGUUUAGCCGACAAAAAGUGACUUUGCACCGCGAGGUGACGGUCCUUUCAGGUGCCGUGGCAGUUUGUAAGACAAAAAGUAAGCAUCAUGCAGCGACAACACGUAAAGCUAUAGUGCGUAGUUUCUGUCGCCCCCAUGAGGAAUUCUAAGUAAUGACAACAAAACUGUCGGCGCGUCCACAU